CUUUCUUUUCCUUCACUCUCUCACACACACACACACACAAAGAAAUAAGACAGAGCAGACAGCAGUCAACCACAAAAGAAAGGGGAGGAAAGUAGGAAACAACCCCACUACUUCCACUUGGGAAUUCAGUUUUGGCUCAAAAGACUUUGCACAAACAAGAGAACAACAACAACAACAGCAACUUGAUCUCCAAGCUUUUUCUCCUCUCCUUUCUCUUUCUCUCUGUUUCUCUGCUGUGCUCCACAUCCAAUUUUUUUGGCAAUUGGAUUGGUCACAUAUGUUUUGAAAGAAUCAACCAACCCCAAAAACCCAAAAUCAAAAAAAAAAAAAAAAACUCCGUAUUCAAACCUCCCUUCCCCACAAACCAAAAACCAAGAUGGAAUUUAUGGAACCUCAUAGCAAAAACCAAGCCAAUACUAGUAAUACUAGUGCCUCAGACCACCAUCAUGCACCACAACAACAAGAACCCGGUGGACCUGGGUCGGGUCAGGCGGCCCCAGUUGGCGGGCAUGGUCCCUUCAUGGGCUCCAUUUCCAUGCAUUCAAGAAACUUGCUCUCUUCUUCCUCCACCCCUUCUUCAACCACCACUACUCCCACCACUACCACGGCUCCCUCCACCGCCUCCAACAAUAACAAUAAUUCGAGUGGCAAUAAAGUCGCCAAGAAACCCUCUAAAGACCGGCACACCAAGGUGGACGGCCGCGGGCGGCGGAUACGGAUGCCUGCCUUGUGUGCUGCUAGAGUUUUCCAGCUGACUAGAGAAUUAGGCCAUAAGUCCGAUGGUGAAACUAUUGAAUGGCUGUUACAUCAAGCUGAACCGGCGAUUAUUGCUGCAACUGGAACCGGUACAAUUCCGGCGAACUUCUCGUCGCUUAACGUUUCUUUGAGGAGUAGUGGCACCACUAUUUCAGCUCCACCUUCUAAGUCUGCACCACUUUUUCUACACGGCGGGAGCGCGACGGCUAUGCUGGGGUUUCAUCACCAGCUCGGAAACACCGGUUUUGGGCAAGACCCAGAUGAGAAUUACAUGAAAAAGCGGUUCAGGGAGGAUACAACCGGCGCUACCUCUCCAUCAGCCGCUAAACCGGAGAGAGCCGGAGUGCAAGAUCAUGAACCGGGUUCAGAAGCAAAAACCGGUUUGGCUCAGCCUUCCGGGUUUAUUCCAGCUCAAGCCAUGUGGGCAGUUGCACCGGCUGCUGCUGCCAGCGUGGGAAGCACCUUCUGGAUGCUACCGGCAGGUACCACCAUGUCGGCAGCUGCUGGUAGUGGUGGCGGCGGAGGUGGGAGUCAGCAGGACCACCAGUUGUGGCAGUAUAAGGCGGCUCCAACAGCUAUGCAGAGAAUUGGGGGUUAUGAUUUUUCGGGCGGAGGCCGGUUCACUCCGGUUCAACUCGGGUCGAUGGUAUUGCAACAAUCACAGCCGGUUCACCAGCUUGGUCUAGGUGUCUCAGAGACUAAUAUGGGAAUGUUGGCUUCUAUGAAUGCCUAUAGUGGUGGUGGAGGUAGUAGGGUUGACUUGGGCAUGAAUUUGGAGCAACAUCACCAUCAAAGCCAGCCUCAAGGUAGUGAUAGUGGUGAUGAAAAUCCAAAAGAUUCCCAAUAAUUUCACCAUGAUCCUUUAUUUUUGCUUUAUCUUUUUCCUUUGCCUUUUAAUUUGAGUGUGCACAUCCCCUCUCUCUUCUUUUUUUAUGAUUCAGUUGAGUGAUUGUAGAAUUUAGUGUCACUAGGUGAGGAUGAUGUUCAUUGUAUAUUUUUAUUUUGGUCCCUAUUUUUUUCCUUUUUCUUUUUGUGGAACAAAAGGUUUGAAAUUCUGCAAUUUUUUUUUCAAGGCUCUUUUAGCUAAUUAGUGUGUUCUGGGAGUAGUAGGAGGAGAGGGGGCUGUUGCUUUUGAAUUGGAAAAGAAGAAUUUGGUUGAAUUGGUCUUUGGUUACAUUCAAUUUGGAGUAACAUGAAGUCCACUUGAUAGUGCACUAGACAAUUGUAUUGAGUGAAGUCAUUCCCAACCUCCUUUGCUUUCAAAAUAUUUGUACAUAAUGGAGAUUGGAUUAAUGAUUGGUUGCAUUUGAUUCUUGACAA